ACUCACAAAAGGCUUCAAUAAGUUGAGGAUUGAUAAAACAUACAAGCGACAAAAAAAAUAGAAACGAAUUGUAGAGAGAGAAACAUGGCGGAAAUUCGAUUCAUCUCCGAUGAUCUAGUCCUAGCGAGUAGUCCCCACCAUGGUGAAUCAACCCACCAUAGGAUUGAGUUGAAUCCAUGGGAUCUCCAACUUCUCUUACUAGGCCCUAUCCAAAAGGGUCUUCUCUUCCUCAAACCCACACCAACACCAUCACAAUCACAACAACAACAACUACCACUGCUAGCAAACACCAUAGUUGAUCAUCUCAAGAUCUCAUUUUCUCGCACACUUGACUUCUUUCCUCUCCUCGCUGGCCGUCUCGGUACAAUAAAAAAUGACGACGGCACCUCCUCGUUCUUCAUAGACUGCAACAAUGCCGGAGCGCAAUUUGUUCAUGCCAUCGCCGACGAUGUCACUGUCAGCGAUAUCCUCGGUCCCGUGCACGUACCUCGACUUGUCCACUCCUUUUUCCCAUUAAAUGGUUACCUUAACCAUGAAGGCAUUUCCAAAUCAUUGCUUGCGGUUCAAGUAACCGAGCUUGUCGACGGCUUUUUCAUCGGCUGCACCAUGAAUCAUGGUGUUGUUGACAGGUCGUGUUUCUGGCAAUUCUUUAAUUCUUGGUCAGAAAUAUCUAGAGGUUCUGACAAAAUAUCGCGACCUCCGGUUUUUAACCGUUGGUUUCCUAGUGAUGUCGACUGCCCCAUUCGAAUCCCUUUUUCCUCCGAGCAAAUUAGCGAUACCUUCGUUUUACCAAAAGUAGAAGAAAUGGUUUUUCAUUUCACGAAAGAGAAAAUUGCAAAACUUAAAGCCAAAGCCAAUGCCGAGAUGAACACCACCACUAUCUCCUCUCUCCAAGCAUUACUAGCUCAUCUAUGGCGAUCUGUCGUACGUUGCCAAAACAUCAAUGACACUAACCAAGAGGUGAAGUACGUUUUACUAGUGAGUGCGAGGACAAGGCUUCGACCCCCGUUGCCAGAAGGGUAUUUUGGGAAUACAAUUAAUGAUGAGAUUUUACGUGCCGCGGCGGAGGAGGUGGUGGGGAAGGGACUUGGUUGGGUGGCUUGGCAAAUGAAUAAAGCGAUUGCUUUGCAGACGAAUGAUGGGAUUAGGAAGUUGUACGAGGAUUGGGUAAAGAAUCCGAAACUAUUGACAAUGAGUGUUAUGACAAACAAUACCUUGACGACUAGUAGUUCGCCUCGGUUUAAUGUGUAUGGAAAUGACUUUGGUUGGGGAAAACCGGUGGCGGUGAGAAGUGGCAGCGCGAACAAGAGUGAUGGGAAGAUAACGGUUUUUCCCGGGGUGGAAGAAGGGAGUAUUGACAUCGAGGUAUGCUUGUUGCCUGAGAAGUUGGUUGCUAUGAGGGAUGAUGAAGAGUUCAUGGAGGCUGUCACUAUGUGAUCCAUCUAUAAUGUUUUUACUUGGUCCGUCAAGUUUGACCUCGUUUGAGGUUUGCUUUUUCAGUCAUUUUUGUUGGAUUUUUUUAUUAUUUAUUUAAUAAUAAAAAAAAAGUUGAUGCGUUUAAGAA